CUUUACUUAAGAACUAUGACUUCUGUUCUUGACCAAAUAAAGCAGUUUACAACAAUCGUCGCCGACACUGGUGAUUUUGAAACUAUUGCAGAAUAUAGGCCUCAGGAUGCUACUACUAAUCCCUCAUUAAUUUUGGCAGCUUCUCAAAAGAGUGAAUAUUCCAAGCUCAUUGAUGAAGCUCUUGAAUUUGCCACAAAGAAGGGCGGUGAUUUGCAGGAACAAGCAGAAUGGGCAUUCGAUAAACUUUUAAUUAAUUUUGGUAGAGAAAUUUUAAAAAUUGUUCCGGGCCGUGUCUCAACAGAGGUAGAUGCUCGUCUCUCAUUUGACAAGGAAGGAACGAUUGCAAGGGCAAAGCGUUUAAUAAAGCUUUAUAAGGAUGAAGGUAUUGACAAAGAACGGGUAUUGAUUAAGAUUGCCUCUACCUUUGAGGGAAUUCAUGCUGCUUAUGAACUUGAAACACAACAUAACAUUCAUUGUAACUUGACAUUAUUAUUCAGUUUCACCCAGGCUGUUGCUUGUGCAGAGGCAGGUGUUACCUUAAUUUCGCCAUUUGUGGGUCGUAUCUUAGAUUGGUACAAGAAUCAUACGAAUGAAGAAUACUCUGUUCCAGAGAAUGAUCCUGGUGUCAUCUCAGUUACAAACAUUUAUAAUUACUAUAAACAAUAUGGAUAUAAAACUAUCGUUAUGGGUGCUUCCUUUCGUAAUACAGGAGAAAUUGAAGAGUUAGCCGGCUGUGACUUCCUUACGAUCUCUCCCAACUUACUGGCUGAACUUCAUAAAGAUAAAAAUAAGAAAAUAGAACGUAAAUUAAGUCCCGAAAAAGUCAAGAAAAUGGAAAAGGUAUCUUAUUUUAAUAAUGAAAAGGCUUUUCGAUGGAGUCUUAACGAAGAUGCUAUGGCUACUGAAAAACUUGCUGAGGGGAUUCGUAACUUUGCCAAGGAUGGUAUAAGACUGGAAGAAAUGUUAAAAUCAAGAUUGCAAUAAAAUAAUAAAUAUACGAUUUUUCUUUGCUCAACGCACACACACACACUCACACAAAAAAAAAAAAAAGGUAUAAUUAAUAAAAG